AUGCAGACCCUCGAGAAUGGAGCUGUGGGCGUCUUGCUGUCUGCUGCACUCGCAACUGUCACCGCCUACGCAUUAUACACGGUCAUCUACAACGUCUAUUUCCAUCCACUGGCUAGAUUUCCAGGACCACCGUUAGCCGGCGCGACGGCUUACUGGAAAGCCUAUGUCGAGUGUGUUGCAAAUCGAUCAUUCUGCCACGAACUCGUCAAACUACAUGCACAAUAUGGCGAUGUCGUUCGCGUGGGGCCUGAUGAGCUCCACUUUGCCAACCCAGAAGCCUACAACGACAUUUACAACAACAAAAACCGCUGGGACAAGGAGGCUCGUCUGUACAAAAGUUUCAAUGAAGAUAGAUCCAGCUUCGGUUUCCUCACCUAUGCCGAAGCCAAGAACCGCAAAGAUGUACUGAAUCGCUCGUUCUCACAGACCGCAAUCAACAGCGCCGAAGAUCUUGUCCUGGAGCAGACGAAAGCGCUCUGUGCGGCCUUCGCAAAGCAAAGCAAGACUUCAAAGAGCGCGGACCUGCAUUUUGCCUACCGCUGUAUGUCGAUGGAUAUCAUUUGUACCUUUUGCUUCGGCAAACCGAUAUAUGCCGUCGAUGCGCCUGACUUUGAAGCCCCAAUCGUGGUAGCUAUGGAUGCAUCGUUACCUGUUUUCCUCCGCUUCAAGUAUUCGGACUUAUACAAGAACAUGAUCCUUAAGUGCCCACCAAAACUAUCCAAAAUCAUCAGUCCAUCAACAGCUGGACUUGUCGACCUACAGCAGCUCCUCCUACGGCAGAUCAACGAUCUUACUAACGACCCAGAAAAGCUCAAACAGCUCCCUCAUAGUAUGACCAUCUAUCACCGCCUCAUGGACGUUGAGGCCUAUCGUGACAAGACCAUCCCUUCCGCUGGCAGCCUAUACGAGGAAGCCCAAGCGCUUAUGUUUGGUGGCGCCGACACUGUGGGAAACACUCUCAUGGUGGGAACUCAUUACCUACUCCAACAUCCAACUACCUUGCAGAAACUAAAGAAGGAGCUGUUAGCAGCCUGGCCCACCCUGGAGACUGAGCCAAAUCUGCGCGACUUCGAGAAAAUGCCGUAUCUGAAUGCUGUUAUCAAAGAGUCGCUCCGUAUGUCCUCAGGCGUGGUAUCCGGCUUGUUGCGUGUGGUACCCCCAGCCGGUGCGGUAAUCAACGGUAUCACUGUUCCACCUAACACGAUUGUAUCUUGUGGCAGCACUUUUGUCCACUUCAACGCUUCCAUCUUUCCCGAGCCGGACAAGUUCAUACCAGAGCGCUGGCUUGAUUCACCAAAGCUAGACAACUGGCUCGUUGCCUUCUCGCGAGGCCCACGCAUGUGUUUGGGAAUCAACCUCGCUUGGGCAGAGUUACGUUUGGGCUUUGCAUACACGCUUCGUAAAUUCGACAUGUCUCUCGAGGACUCAAUGCCGCCUAACCUACCAUUCCGAGAUACUUUUCUACCUUUCUUUUACGGUCAGCAUCUAAAGGUAAAGAUACAGCCUGUAGAGAGGUAG